UGGCGAAUAACACACUGACGUAUCGUCAUGUUACCGUUUUCGCACCGACGAAUAGGGCCUUUCAAAAGUACAAUGGUAGCAAGAGCAACUUGGUUCUCUAUCAUAUGUCGAACCUACCGCUAACGAUCGAACGAUUAGGACUAUCGGUUUCGUCCGAAUUAGAUGGUAAUCCGCCAUUAUGGGUAACAAGAAGACCAGGGCCAACCGGUGAAGAGGAGGUUUUCAUAAACAACGCUAAAAUCUUAAAACAACAUAGCAACUUUCAAUCGAAAAUCAAAGUCAAUGGUGAUACGAAAACGCAGGUUUUGCACGUUAUAGAUGAAGUAUUGGAACCAGUACGUUCGAUAUCACCGGAAUCGCCGAUCUACAAUCCCGAUGCCUUUCAAUUUAUAAAUCAAAGUGAAAACUUUAAUAUGGGCAAUCAUCGUGUUAGGACCUUCCGACAGAGGAUCGUCAUAGAGAAAAAAGAGGGUAUCUUUACGGCCGACGGGCGUUACACAUUUUUCAUACCCGUCGACGAAGGAUUUAAGCCGGAGCCCAGGCCACAGAAAGUUGACCAUCUUGUAAUCGAUGGACACGUGAUACCCAAUCAUAUUCUUUUCACCGUACCAACCCCCGAGAACGUUUAUUACGAGACUCUUGUUUUUUCUGAUAACCUCAAGGUUACCGUUAGUUUUCUCAUGGAACAUAACAAAGUAUACGUCAAGUCUAAUACGAUCGUUGGCGACGCAUCUCACCACACUGGGGUCGUGUUAGCCGAAAUCGUUAAGCCUAAUAUACCAGUACGAAACGGCGUGAUCCAUUUGAUCCAACGGCCGUUAAUGGUGAUCGACAGUACCGUGAAGGACUUCCUCGAGUCCUUCAAGGAAAAGGAGGACGGUCCUGUAUACAAAUUUUACGAGACCAUUCGGGAUUUCGGCGACGACAUUAUGACGACCAUAAGCAGACUCCAUGAUGUAACACUAUUCGCACCUAGCAAUGCGGCACUCGAAGAACCUGGUGUACAACAUAUAUUGCAGGAUAAAAGGCGAGUUAAGGAGAUCCUAAACUUGCAUUACGUCAAACAGAGAUUACCAUUGGAAAAAAUUCAAAACAAGAGUAUCAGUCAGGCACAAGCUGGGAUACCUACUGCCGCCGAUAGGAAGAAACUUUAUUUCAACGUUGUACAAGGACCGGCAGGAAAUCAAACAAUUACAGUCGAGGGUGGUGGCGUAAAUGCUACAGUAGUUACCGCAAACAUCGCAGCGACCAAUGGAAUUAUUCAUAUUAUCGAUAGGGUCCUAGGUGUACCAUAUACCACCGUUUUCGACAAACUAAGAACCGAUCCUAUGUUGAACUCCACUUAUUUCUUGGGCCAACGACGUGGUUUUAACGAGCAACUUAACGAUACGACGAAACGUUUCACUUAUUUCGCACCGAGAGAACAAGCCUGGUCCGGUGCCAACAUCAGUUAUCCGUCUACAAUUAAAAAACUUUUCAUGCAAGACUUCAGCUAUCACACCAAACAAAUAUUGGAACGACAUCUCGUUGUUGCCGAUCAAGUAUACACGAUGGCUAAAUUAAGGGAAAUGAGUAUCAACGAUAGUGUCACCCUAACUUCUGCGAGGGAUACAUUGAAACUUCGCGUAAAGGAAUUAACCGAAAUACGUUUAGGUGACGACGAAAACUCUAUCAAUCCAGUGAUUUUCGGUUACCAAAUUGAAUGGGAAGGGAAAUGGAUUCGAGUAUUUCGUCACGACGUCGAAUGUACCAAUGGAAUAAUUCACGUGAUCGAUGGUGUAUUUUUAAAGGACAGCGACGUCAGAGUUACGGGCGAUGCUUCAUUGGCCAGCUUCGCGCCCCAUCUUAUAAUAUUCUUGAUAGCCAAGUGGCUCUUGUAAACGCCGAAAAUAUAAUACGACGAGAAGAUCAAAAGAACAAAGCAAAACGGGAAAAACAAAAAAAAAGAAAAAAAAAAAAGAAAGGGAAAAAAAGGAAAUAAAAUAAAAUAAAAUGAAAUAAAAUGAAAGAAAGGAAGGGGGGAAAAGAAAAAAAAAAGGAUAUAAAAUAAAAAGGGGAGAUUUAAGAAAUCUCCAUUUAGAAAUAAAUCGUUUGGAGCGUCUCCGAUCGUCUUCGAUGAGCCAAGGAAACGAACGACGCCGACAACGACGACAACGACGACGACAACGACAAUGACGACGACAAUUGACGACAAUGACGACGAUCGACGAUCGACGACGACGACGAUCCAUCCGAUAGCUUUUUUUGCUAAGCGAUUCUUGCGAUGCUAAAAAAAAAAAAAAAAAAGAAAAAAAAAAGAAACAAAACACGAACACAAAUCUCCUUCACACACGACAAAAAGGAUCUCAUCGUCGAUUUCGUUUGGCUCCCUUUUAAUCUCCAACGUGGUUAGCUUCGUCCUCGUCGUCAAGUUUAUCCAAUAAUUAUUAUAAAGAUCGAAGUGUGUUUCUUCGUCGGCAUCGAUCAUGAUCCAUCAUCUUUAUUAUCAUCAACGUCAUCGUCACAAUCAUCGUCACAAUUAUCAACGUCGAUGUCAUCAUCAUUAUCGUGAUCAUCGUCAUCAUCAUCAUCAUCAUCAUCGUCAUCAUCGUCAUCGUCAACGUCAUCGUCAUCGUCAACGUCAUCGUCAUCGUCAACGUCAUCGUCAUCGUCAUCAUUAUCGUCUUAUUUCUCUUCUAUCUUUUUUUUUCAUAAUUUGAAUGAACGACGACGACGACCGACCGAAAGAGAUCAGAUCGACGAGAAGAAGGAUCGGCGACGCAAUCCUACGAACACAACCACAUAAUUAUAAUCCUCGACUCGACUUCGGCUCGUAUUCUUUUAAGCCACUAAGCUAAA